AAACCCAAAUAUACAAAUAUGAAGCCCCCUGUUAACUCCCAAAACUCAUCGUAGCUCCAAACCCUAACGUCCACUGUCGCAAUGGCGGAUCCCGUCACCGCCGACGAACAACCGAAACCGACCGUCAACGAAACCCUAGGCGGUCUCCAGAGUCGAAAGGAGAAGAGAAAAGCCCUGAAGAAGCUGAAGAGGAAGCAGAUUCGAAAGGAAGCAGCGAUCAGAGAGCGGGAGGAAGAGGAAGCUCGUUCCAAUGAUCCUGAGGAGGAGGAAAGGAUCAGGUUAAGGGAGCAAGAAGAGGCUGAGAUCGCGGAGAGAGAGCGUAGGGAAUUCGAGGAGCGGGCGGCGGAGAGAAGGAAGGCCGAGGAGGAGGAGAGGAGACGGCAGAAGCUUCUAGAAGAAUCCGAGAGGCGAAAGGGGGAGCAUUCAAAUGAGUUGGAUGAAGAUGAUGAAUGGGAUUACAUUGAAGAUGGGCCUGCAGAGAUCAUCUGGAAAGGAAAUGAAAUAAUUGUCAAGAAGAAAAUGGCGAAAAUUCCAAAGGGAAGUGCUGACAGGAAACAGGAUGACAAGGAUGUUGAGAGACCUACAUCAAAUCCUCUUCCUCCUCAAUCUGUAGCUUAUGCUUCUUACAACAACAGGCAACAUACUAGUGCACCGGACUUGCUUGAAAGUGUUGCUCAGCAGGUUCCAAACUUUGGGACUGAACAAGAUAAAGCUCAUUGCCCUUUCCACCUUAAGACUGGUGCUUGUCGAUUUGGAACCCGUUGCAGUAGAGUUCACUUCUAUCCUGACAAGUCCUGCACAAUACUCAUCAAGAACAUGUACAAUGGCCCGGGCCUUGCUUGGGAGCAAGAUGAAGGGCUUGAGCACACUAAUGAAGAGAUUGAACAUUGUUAUGAAGAAUUUUAUGAGGAUGUACAUACGGAGUUCUUGAAAUUUGGAGAACUUGUUAAUUUCAAGGUGUGCAGAAAUGGUUCCUCCCAUUUACGUGGAAAUGUUUAUGUGCACUAUAGAUUCUUGGAAUCUGCUGUUCUUGCAUACAAUACCAUGAACGCUCGUUAUUUUGCUGGGAAACAGAUAACUUGUGAGUUUGUUGGUGUAACAAGAUGGAAGGUUGCCAUUUGCGGAGAGUUCAUGAAAUCAAGGCUAAGGAAUUGCUCACGUGGAAGUGCUUGCAACUUCAUACAUUGCUUUCGCAACCCUGGAGGAGAUUAUGAAUGGGCUGAUUGGGAUAAUCCUCCACCUAAGUACUGGAUCAGAAAAAUGGGUGUUUUAUUUGGUAAUUCAGAUGAAUUAAGCUAUGGAAAGCAAAUGGAAUUCGGAGACUUUGAGAGCCCUAGGGAUUCUAGCAGGAAGCGGGCACCAAUAACUGGCAGGUAUCAUUCAAGACGAUCUCCUGGAGAUGAGAUCGAAGUGCAUGAUUAUGGUUCUGACAGGGAAAACUCAUACAGGAAAAGGGAUCGAUCCAGCAGCCGCUCAGUUAGGAGAGAGCAUUCUGAGAGGAGAAAAGAUGAGUCCAAGCAACAUGAAGAAAACCAUAAAUCCAAAGUCCAUCAUUAUGAUACUAAGAAUUCUCCUCAUGCAGCCAAUGUAGAUAGGUAUAGGGAGAAGGAUAGAGAAUAUGACAAGAAGCACCAAAAAUUUGAAUCCCAUCAAAGGCAAAAGGGAGAGGAUUCUUCUGUCAGGAAAGAGAAGUCAGAAAGGAAGCACCGAUCAAAAUCAAAUAAGCGAGAAAGAGAAGAAGACAUAUCAUCUCAUCAGCUCUCAGUCUAUAACGAUGAUAGAAGAAAUCGUAGCAGUAGCCAUUCAAGUGGGGAAUAUCUCAGGCACAGUAUCGAUGUUCAAGAUCAAGAUGAUGCUAGAUAUUGCUCCAAUGACAGUGAUUCUGAAAGGAAUUUUUCUGAUCAGGAUAGACCUCAUCGCAAUAAACAGCAUAAAUCACGACAUAGAAGACACACAACCAAUUAUGAUGAGAAAGCUAAACUGAUGAAAUAUGAGGCUUAUGAUGACAGAUGGGAAACUAGAGGUGAAGCUUCUGGAAGAGAAGAAACCGAAGAGAGCUCAUAUAAUGGAAGCAGUAGCUCACACAGGAAACCUAGUAAAAGUGGUGGAAAGCUCAAACACUGCCGAAAAAAGAGGAGACAUGUGGAUAAUAGUUCAGGUUCUGAUGAAGAGUUAGAUAGAAAGCCCCGUAAGAAGCAUAGUCAUGGGCAAAGAACCAGUGCAGAGAAGAGAUCUCAGCAGAGAAGCCAUAAUUCUUGAAGCCUAGUAUGGUAUUUGAUACUCGCGUGGAAUCUUGUAUACAACUCUACCAUACAAAAUGUUGUUGUUCACAAGUUUGCAGUCGUUUUCUGAUGUAUCCUGUUCUUUUUGGAAAGCUACCUUCACGCAUGCCAUCAUGGUAAUUUCGUAUAAUAUCUCAGCCUGCUGUUUGAGUCCAAA